GAGAGAGAUAGAGACACAGGGGGAGAGAGUGGGAGAGACAGGGGGAGGGAGAAACACAGGAAGAGACAGUGUGCAUGAUGGUGAAACUGACUCCAGCUUGACAGUGAAUCAAAGGCAUUUGCAUUUUAGAAAUCUUCCCGGUGAGCCGAAAUUGCUGGUCUGCUGUUCGGUUUGUGUUGGAGACAUUACAUCCUCUGGAAAAGAUCUAAAUCCAGCCACGGCAGCUCCUUCUCAGUCUGUGAUUGGCCAGUUAGACUUUGGGCUCCCCCUCCCUCUGAUACCCCAUUGCCCGACCCACAAACCCUCCCCCCCACCUCGCCAGACUGUCCCUAAGCUUACCUGAGACAGGCAGACAGGCAGACAGGCAGACAGGCAGACAGCACAACUGCAGCCGGGUUCCUCCUCCUCCACACGGCCAGUCACCUGGUGAGGGCGGAAGGCAAAGAGAGAGAGAGAGAGGCAGCAUGGACAGAAACAGCGACAACAGCAAGCUGCACUCAUAUGUAGUUCUAACGCUUCUCUGACUUGCCCGCCUCUUUUAGGGGGAGACAGAGAGAGAGAGGGAGAGAGAGAGAGAGAGAGAGAGAGAGAGAGAGAGAGGGAGAGAGUACAGAAGAGCGCUGAGAGAGUAAGAAAAAAAAAGGGGGGGGGGAUUUGGAGCCAUUGUCCCCUUGGAGAAAAGGAGAGACUGGGUGAAACGAGGAGGCACUUUUAAAGGAGAGGAGCAGUCAGAAGGAGAAGUCAGAGGAUGAUUUUGGGAGGUAUAAACCGUGCGGGGGCGGUGCCUGCAUUUCUGCGGACCCCCACUAUCAUUCAGCCCCACCUGGAUAUGAAACCCUUCCUCCAGUUCCCCAUGGACACAGCUCCACCACAACACAACCUGAGCCUGUUUCACAACUUCAACACUAUGGAUCCGGUUCAGAAGGCAGUGAUCAACCAUACCUUUGGUGUUCCAUUGGUGAAGACCAAGAGGCCCAUCAUCUCAUGCAACGUCUGCCAGAUACGCUUCAACUCUGAGAGCCAGGCAGAAGCCCACUACAAAGGAAACCGCCACGCUCGAAGAGUCAAAGGCAUCGAGACCUCCAAGAGUCGCCCCCAGGAGGGUGAGAAGAUGGCCCCAUCUGUACCCCCCACCUCCACCCCUGGAACCCCAACAGUUGCCCCUGACAUCAGUGACCCCUGCAGUCCAGACGAAUCCUGCCCUCUGCAACCGCAGUUAAACGGAGGACCCCUGCUGCCCCCACCCGGGCCCCCGACUCCCCUGCCCGCCCUCUCCACCUCUCCCACCUCCGAACCACCCCAAGCCUCCUCCGUGUGUCCCAUGCUGACCUCCCUCACCCCUCCUCCACUCCUCACCCCCUCCUCUGACUCCCCCCCGGGUUUCGGCCCCACCAACCCAGACCAGAGUACUGGCUCCGGGGCUCCGGAGACCGAAGAGGACAAGGCCAAGAAGCUGCUCUACUGCUCCCUCUGUAAAGUGGCCGUGAACUCCCUCUCUCAGCUGGAGGCUCAUAACAAAGGUACCAAACAUAAAACCAUUCUGGAGGCUCGCAGUGGGCUGGGUCCCAUCAAAGCGUACCCUAGGUUGGGCCCCAAACCCCCUGGGGAGCAGGGAGUGGGACCUUUGGACCCCAACACUCAGGAACGCACUUUUCACUGUGAGAUCUGCAACGUGCGGGUCAACUCUGAACUGCAGCUCAAACAGCACAUAUCUAGUCGAAGACACCGGGACGGAGUGGCGGGGAAACCCAACCCUCUACUCAGCCGACACAAGAAGCACCGGGGGGCCGACCUCACGUCCUCUCUGACCUUCUCGAAGGAUCUCUCCAAAUGUUUGGGAGCAGGCCUCUUGCCCAGUCCGCUGGCAGUUGCCGCGGCGAUGGCCGCCGCGGCUUCCUCAAACCACCAGUUGGCUCAGCUUCGCGCAGCGUCUUCGGCCCACCACCACCCACAUCACCACCACCACCUAUUACAGGGCCCGCCUCUCAGUCACGCCCUCCUAAGACCCGCCCCCGGGCCCAUUCGCACCUCCCACGGGCCAAUCCUCUUCUCUCCUUACUGACUCCGACCCCUCCACCUCGGCCAGUCAGGAGCAGCCACUCCAAAGCACACUGUGAAGAAAUAAUGAACAUAAAAUAAACAACAGCAAUUCACGACAAAACAAAUCAUCGGUGAAUCAAAGAAAUAGAAGAAAAAAAAAAAACACCCGAAAGCAAA